CCGGCCCGGUACUAAAGCCCCGGCCCCCAAUUUCCUGCCCGCGCUCCUCCUCCGGCUUCCCCGGGCCUCGAACAAACGGAGCGAGCUCGGUCCGACCGCUGGCACUCAGCGCGGCCCGAGCCCCGCGGGACGUGCCCGGAGCGGCGGAGAGGCAGAGCGUUCCUAGAAGAUGGGUGACUGGGAAUUCCUGCAGAAACUGCUGGACCAAGUCCAGGAACAUUCGACGGUGAUCGGGAAGAUCUGGCUCACCGUGCUCUUCAUCUUCCGCAUCCUCAUCCUGGGCUUGGCCGGGGAGUCCGUGUGGGGGGACGAGCAGUCGGAUUUCGUGUGUAACACCAAGCAGCCGGGCUGCACCAACGUCUGCUAUGACAAAGCCUUCCCCAUCUCCCACAUCCGCUACUGGGUGCUCCAGUUCCUCUUUGUCAGCACCCCGACCCUGAUUUACCUGGGCCACGUUGUCUAUCUCUCCCGGAAGGAGGAGAAGCUGAGGAAGCAGGAGAGCGAGCUUCGGGCUGUCCACAGCAAGGACCCGAAGAUCGAGCAGGCCCUGGCAGCCCUGGAGAAGAAGAUGUCCAAGAUCUACAUGACGGAGAGCGGGCGGCUGAAGAUCCGAGGGGCGCUGAUGUGGACGUACAUCACCAGCGUCAUCUGCAAGAGCGUCUUCGAGGCCGGUUUCCUCGUGGGCCAGUGGUACCUGUACGGCUUCUCCAUGGUGCCCCGCUACGUGUGCAAGAGGGACCCCUGCCCCCAUCAGGUGGACUGCUUCAUCUCCCGCCCCACCGAGAAGAGCAUCUUCAUCAUCUUCAUGCUGGUGAUGGGCCUGAUCUCCUUAAUCCUGAACCUCCUGGAGCUCUUCCACCUCUGCUGCAAGAACCUGCUUAGCAACAUCAGGAAGGUGUCGGGGCCAGCUGGGCCGAGCCAGGACGUCUUUGUGGAUGACAUGGUCUCAAGUCCCUACGCGCCCAAGCACUACCCCUUCCUGCCCAUGGCCGAGAGCCACGCGCCCUCCUACCAGACCUACAACAAGCUCUCCAGCGAGCAGAACUGGGCCAACUACCGCAACGAGGAGAACCUGGCACUGGGCAGCGGCAGCAGGGCCCUGUCGGACCCCUACAGCCCCCGGCCUGCUGAAGCCUCCGCCCCGGAGGAGAAGCUGGGCAGCCGGCCCGGGAGCUCAGCCUCCAAAAAGCAAUACGUGUAGUGCUGGGCUGGCCCCAGCUGGCAGGGGGACAUUCCUCGGUCCCUUGUGCCUGCAAAGGUGCUGGCUGUGGGCAGGCAGCUGCCUCCUGCCCGGUGCUGUGCCGUACACAUUCCCCUCUGGAUGCUCCAGAGACCUGCCCGCCCUGGGGCGGGAUGCUCAGGAGCACGGCCGUGGAGCGCAGCCUCUGCUCUCGCCGGUUUUCCCCACAGACCCUGCAAGGAAGGAAACAGCACAAAGUUCCCCGGGACGCCGUGUCCUGCGUGCCUUGCCGUGGGAAAGGGAGAAACCCCUGGAGCCGCGCCGUGGAACGGGCUGUCCCCGAGGCCGCGCCUGGGGGCUGCUGGCCAUUGGGAGCUGCGGCUCGGCCGGACCCCAGAGCCUCGGCCGGCACGAGAGCCAGGAGUGCAGCCGUGGGAAGCUGCUGGUCUCCAGCCUCCACACGGAGCAGGCUGAGCCGGGGACUGCCGGGAAAAGCUGGGCUGGGGCAGCGCUGACUGAUCCUGGCCACCAGCCCCAUCCCGUUCCAGUGGCCCUGGCACCUGCCCAGGGUUUGCUGCAGAAGCUGCCCCCUCCCCGUGGGACACAGAGGGGUUAAGCCAGUUCUGUUGUGACCAGCAGAUCCCAAUGGCUGCAGGGUCGCUGUGGGUGACCCAGGAGUGUGAGUUCCUCCCCUCCUGACCCUGGGCUCUUUCCCAUGGGAUUUGUGCCUUUAAGUUAUUUUUAACCUGCUGGCCUGAGCACGGAGUUUCUGCCUUAAAGCUGCAGUUUGCAGGGACUUUGGGGAGCCAUAUCCAGCCUGGCCGUGUGCCUUGGAGCCCUGUGGGGUUUGGGGAGGAAUCAGCCCAGCACCUGAUGUUUUGGGGGUUUGGGGGGUUUUAUCACUUUGCACUAGUCAUCUCCUGCUGUGGGCUGAGGGGCUGGGUGGGAUGGAAGAACCAUCUGUUGUCACAAGAGCUGUCACCCUGACUUCCCCAGCCCCCUGAUGCUGUGAGAGGGGAUUGUCCUGCUGUGACCAAGGGGCUGCAGGUCCUGUGUGACCCAGGUGUGAGUGUGGGGUCUGGGCACUGCCCUCAGCGCUGUUUCCCUUCCCCUGGCAGACUCGGUGUUGCAUCUUGUUGAAUAAAGUCGGAUGAAUGAGAAAAGUUGAA